GGAUCAGAGUCCCAAGGGGUCGCGCUCUGGGAGAGUCCAAGUGUCACACAUCGACGAGUCAACGGACGGUAGAGUCACCCCUGGGCAGUGGCAGUGGGAAUGGGAAUGGGAAUGGGGAAGGGAAUGGAAUCAAGCUUGGGGAUUGCUGACGGGGAGAACCGACCUCAGAGGCGAACGAGCAGAGCAGAGCGGAGCAGGGGCCAUGGCAACUCUAGUCACCGGGAGGAGUGUGAGAUUGAGCACUCCUGUCACGCACAACAGAGUUCACAGAGGAGGAUUCAGCAGGGCCGGCAACAGUUCAUCCGCGAGGGCUAGCGUCGUGCGGUCAGGGGCCGGGAAUGUGCAAUUGGUGCGAGACGAUUUACUGGGUUUGAUCGCCGGAGAAGAGCGCGGAUUGCGCACCCAGAACAAUGCCCGGAAGCGGGAUGAGAUUGUCAAGGCCAUUGAUGCUCUGGCGGAAUUGGCCUCCGACACUGUCACCACUGACGAGUCCUUAACAGCCGCGUGGAGGAUGUUGUGGACCACUGAGAAAGAGCAGCUGUUCAUCGUCGAGAAGGCUCACAUUUUCGGCACCGAAGCCGGUGACAUCCUACAGAUUAUCGACGUUGCAAAGAACAGUCUGAAGAAUGUGAUAACUUUCCCGCCAACAGGAUUGUUUCUUGUGGAUUCAAGUAUCGAAGUUGUGUCUUCACAGCGGGUUAACUUCAAGUUCAACGGUGCGUCUCUCAAAGUUGGUGACCUGAGGAUUCCUAUACCUCCAUUUGGACAAGGAUGGUUCGAAUCAGUGUUUCUCGAUGAUAAGAUAAGAGUCGCUAAGGACAUUCGUGGAGAUUAUCUAGUCGUUGAUCGAGCCUCCAGCAUACCAGAGGGUCUGUAAUCUAAAUUUGUAUAUUAGUUCCCAAAUUCAUUUGUGAAUAUGUAAGUUGUCUGAGCGUUUUAUUCGGGGUCAAAAUGAGAUGUAUCCAUCUUCCAUGUGCAUCUGCAAACGUUCAGGAUUUUUUGAGAACAGAUACACUGCACUGGAUGUUUCGUCUCCAACUCCAUGCGUUGGAUAUCGAAUCUACUAAUGUAUCUUUGCUGCGGUAAAUUAUCUGAAUGAAUGGACGCCUUGAGAAUGUGAACGAGAUCUUCAGGGCCGUAUGAGGCAAUUUUAAUACAGAAAGGUACGUACAUCGACCAGAGACAGUUUCUCUCGCACAUCAAGUGUCUCACGAGUUGCUGCAGUCCAUCAAAGACAUUUUUCAUGUCUUUGCAAUCUUUUUAUUGCAUUUUUUGACAUAUUAGCCCACUCAAUUAUAAAAAUAACUGACAACUUUACUUUCGUAAGUUUUGAAGCUUACCAUGAAGGCCCGCCCCUAACAGUUAACCAUCCAUUGAUCGAUGGGAGUGGUAUUCGUCCUCGAUCUCGAGCUGAAGGUUUUCUCUGACAGAAGUUCACUCACAGUAACGAAAGAACUUAGCGUCUCACCCGCUGUAAUCAACAUAUCUUCUGAAAUAUGACCAUGGAAUUGCUCAACACAGGUCUUUCUAAGUUGUGCUUCUCCAUGCGACCCGAGCUUGUGAUGUUGCUACUAUUCUAUCCUGCACGUAUGGUCCAGCUUUUUGACAACCAGACAACUGAGGCAGGAAUGCGACACUUAAGGGUUUACCUUUCGUCAAGUUCCCAAAUCACGCCCAUGUCUUCUCAGUUUACUAGUGGCAACUGGAUCUCUAGUUUCCUAAGUCUACUUGCACGUUGUCUCCUGAAUGCUGAGACCUGUAAUCUCUAUUGUCGAAUCCUGAAGUACUUAUUGCAUCGUAAAGGGAACGUUUAGCUCCCUUGACUGAGCUUCUAGUUUGUCUAGUUCUAAUGGCUGAUCUUGUUGCCAAUUUCCUGGUAACUUGCAUUCCAGUUUAUGUACUAAAAACCAUGUACAUGAAAACUAUGAUAGACCAGCUCAGUCCUGAGUAACCAAGUUUAAAUGCUCAGCAAAAUCUGUUUCUUCAGAGUUUGUUGGCCUUCCUGCGCAUGUCGGAUUUGACGGAUAGGGUCCGUCGACUAACUCGAGAUCUUUCACAUCUCUCGCAUUGUACCAGUCGCCUACGCUCUGCGCAAUCGUC